AUGUUCGAAUCCUCAAGUCCCGGCAAGGUGGUUUGCUGUGGCAGCGGUCACAACGUGGGGUUGCGCCCGUGUCUACCGCAGAUCACGGCCCAAACUAUCAAGUUACUAUUUGGCACUCCGAGGUCCGGAACCGGACUAAUCCGCAACGCCACGGGCGAGAUCCCGGCAACGCCUGAGUCUGCACCGGAAGGCGCCACAAAAGAGGAGAGCAACAACCCCCAGCCCCUGGGAGAUCACGCAUCAUCCACAGCAGACACCCCUUUUUCUUUGUCAGCAUCGCCGCCGUCUACGACAAUGGCCAUCCCCUCAAACCCUGCCAAGCGCCGCCGUAUCGCUCUCGGAUGCGAGGGCAGCGCGAACAAACUAGGCAUCGGCAUCAUCGCCCACCCGCCCGAGGGAGAAACAGGCGACCCGGUGGUGCUCUCCAACGUCCGGGACACUUUCGUCUCUCCGCCGGGCACGGGCUUCCUGCCCAAGGACACGGCGGCGCACCACCGCUCCUUCUUCGUUCGGGUGGCGCAGCAGGCCAUCCGGGACGCGGGCGUCACGGUGGCCGAGGUCGACUGCAUCUGCUACACCAAGGGGCCGGGGAUGGGGGCGCCGCUGACCAGCACCGCCAUCGGCGCCCGCACGCUCGCGCUGCUCUGGGGCAAGCCGCUCGUGGGCGUCAACCACUGCGUCGGCCACAUCGAGAUGGGGCGCGCCAUCACAGGCGCCGACAACCCUGUCGUGCUGUACGUCAGCGGCGGCAACACGCAGGUCAUUGCCUACGCCGAGCAGCGGUAUCGCAUCUUUGGCGAGACGCUCGACAUCGCCGUUGGCAACUGCCUCGACCGCUUUGCCCGCACCCUGAAGAUCAGCAACGACCCGGCGCCCGGCUACAACAUCGAGCAGCUGGCCAAGCAGGGCUCUGUGCUCCUGGACCUUCCCUACGCCGUCAAGGGCAUGGACUGCUCCUUCUCGGGCAUCCUGACCCGCGCCGACGAGCUAGCCGCCCAGAUGGCAGCCAAGCCCGACCUCUUCACCCCGGCCGACCUGUGCUUCACUCUGCAAGAGACCGUAUUUGCCAUGCUGGUCGAGAUCACGGAGCGCGCCAUGGCUCACGUCGGUAGCACGCAGGUCCUCAUCGUCGGCGGCGUCGGCUCCAACGAGCGGCUGCAGGAGAUGAUGGGAGCCAUGGCCAAAGACCGCGGCGGCAGCGUCUACGCCACGGAUGAACGAUUCUGCAUUGACAACGGCAUCAUGAUAGCACAUGCCGGCCUCCUCGCUUACGAGACCGGAUUCAGGACACCGUUGGAAGAAAGCACAUGUACGCAAAGGUUCAGGACAGACGAGGUACACGUCAAAUGGAGAGAUUAG